AUGAGUGAUCAAUUUAAUUGGUGUUAUAUCAUACGUGACCUUAAUAGCUAUUCGACUAAAUUGGAGGAAUUAGCCGUGGAAGCACUCGAGCGAUACAACGGCAACAGCAUUCAACACGACCCAAAGUACACAAAUUCUGGGGCUAUUUAUUUUACAAAGGACAAGACCCUUCAAUAUAGCGACUUGUGCAAUGUCCGCCCUGCAGCCUACUAUUCCUAUACAGAUCGAUGUGAAAGUGAUUGCUACAAUUACAAUCAGAUGGUGCAUGCUGCGUCGACGCUAGUAGGAUGCGUAAAAGGCGUGGCCAAUAACUCCGAAGAACCCGACGUGCCUCUCAAUAUCAUUGUGUGCAUCUACGAACCAGAGUACGUUUGA